AUGGUAGUCAGAGGGAGUCAAUCUGAGGAAGAAGUGGUGAACAAGAAGGACCAGGAAAGAAAAAGCUUUUUGAGUUUAGAAGAGGCCGGAUUAGUUGAAAUGUCUGUAGAACUUAAAGUUUGUAGAUUGCGUGUUUUGAAACAUAUUAGGCUCCCAACAGAACAAACACUUUAUGGAGAUUCUCCAAGGAUCUCUUCGUUGAAUUUGCUUAGAGUGGUGUCAGGUGUCCCAAUCGAAAAGCUUAAUGCUGGGGAACUUUGUGAUUGGUUUAUGAAGGAUGAGCUCAAAAGAGAGCAAAAUUUAGGCUCUGCAGUACUUCAAUGGGAUGAUUCUAAUUUGCCAUUUUGA